AAAAAAUCAGAAAUUUUUUUUUAAAAAAAAAAAACCAAAAUAGUUGAAGGCUACUCAAACACAAGCAAAUCUUGCAAUCAAACGUUGAAUCCGACAAUGGCAGACCGACGGAGAAUUAGGCUGACGUUUGGUGGUCGUGGUGGCGGCGUUAGCGGCGGCGAGCCGAUUGAGGGUUCUGGUCCUCGUCAUGCAAGAUCAAGACGUUUGAAUGCGUCUGUUAGGAGGGAGUUAGGUGGUGCAGGACCUUCACAUGCACCGUUUCAGCAUGAGCAGCAGUAUGGGACUGCUGGUGCUUGGUCGGGGGAGCACCAGUCACAGGGGAGCGCCCCCAUGUAUUCGUCUACUGGAGUGCCUUCAUCAGAUGAGGAUGAGGAUGAGGAUGAAGAUCGAGGAAGUCAAUCUACUGGAGAUGCACAGUACGACCCUCAGGAUUACCGUACUGUGUAUAGGGGUGACCAUGGGAGAUAUGUUAGCAGUAGUGAACCAGGUCAAGCUUCUACCAGCUCGUCAGAGUCAUGGGUAGUGCAGGAGCCGAUGCCAGGUGGGCCUGAGGAUGGUACCGUUAUUCCGAGUUUUGGGGGUCAUGUGUCUGCCUACAUAUGGGGUGGGCAGGAGCGAAACGUGCUGCGGUAUUUGAGCAGGACACAGUUGUGUUCUGAAUUGGGUAACUGGCGCGCUCGUCUUCCGCCGGAGCACCUGGAACCGAUUGAUGGCACUGGUCUAUCUCAUUUACCCGGGAUCAUGUUCCGGCGAUUUGACUGGCCCUUAAUUUCUGCUUUUGUUGAGAGAUGGCAGCCAGACACGAACACGUUUCACAUGCCUUUUGGGGAGAUCACGAUCAUGCUGCAUGAUGUGUAUCAUAUUCUAGGGCUUCGUGUCGACGGUUCCAUGGUUUCCACUACUCCUAGCACGGAUGUUUUACGGGACGCGUGCUCGGUUACCUUGGAUAUGACUGAGGAAGAGCUGAAUGAGAAGUGCGGUACCAAAACCGUAUGGCAGGGUAGUGGGGUCCUGACUGAGAGGAUAGUGGAGUCGACCUUGGAGGCGCAGAGGCCCUUCAGUUUCCAUUACAGGGCGUACCUGUGGUUAGUACUCGGCGGUUGUUUGUUUUUGGACAAGAGUGGAAACCGUACUCAUCCUUCCUUCCUCAACGAGCUGUUUGUUGAGGAUGUUCAUAUUAGUAAGUACUCCUGGGGUUCUGCUGUGCUAGCAUACAUGUACCGGCAAUUGGGUACAGCAUCACGAAGAGAUGCUGAUUCUAUCGCUGGCUGCCUUACGCUUCUGCAGGCGUGGAUCUACGAGUACUUUCCGUGUUUCCGGCCUCAGCAAGGGACCUUGACCAGAGAGCUUGCUAUUCCUCGUGCGUCCGCCUAG